CCACGACGAACAUCCUCUUUUUGAACGUGCAAAUUACAAUAUUAGCUAGUUUGUGGGUAUCUCUUCCGUGACGAAGAUGAUCUUCAGUAAUAACAGACGGAUGAUUCUGCCAAGGGGAAAUCGACGAUUCGUUAGGAUUCGAAAGCGUUUACUCUUGCACGGGCUAGGCGAGAGAUCGUGUUUUAACGCAGAUCUGCAGAUCUAGGCGAAAGAAAUCAUAUUCGAAAGAAAGAAAAGAAUGAAUUUAUUUGCGGUUAUAAAGGGAAAUAUCGUAUUCAAAGUAACGAAGUCUUCCAGCCAGGAGAGAAAGUGUUGACCUCGAUACAAUGGGUUUUCGAUGAAACGCGUUAUCACAUCCUAUCGAGGUCGUAAUAAUCGUUUUUAAUGUGCUUAAUGUUCACGGUGCUAUCUUACGUAAUAUAAAAACGUUGAUCAUGUCAGCGAUGGAAUAUUAAUACAUAUUUAAUAUUACCAACAACGUUACAAUGGAAUUCUAUCAUGAUAAUCAUGAAAUAAUUAAAAUAAUAAUUUAAGUAUGGAGUGCUGUACUGUUAGUUUCUCAUCUUUCAUACAUAACUUGUUGCAAAUAUUAAUUAAGAAUGCAAUAUACUGAUCCAGUUGUGUUAAUAGUCUCAUUGUAGUAAUAUCAACGAGAAAUUCUCGAAAGGGACAGUUACAUGGCAAUGUGAAUCAAAGAAUAGAAAGACGUAAUGAGCGAGUACGAACGAAUCAAGCGUUCGUGCUUGAAACGAGGUGAAUUAUGGGAAGAUCCAGAAUUUCCAGCAACGCAAACCUCGGUCUUCUAUCAUCAAACACCUCCGUUUCAGUUUCAAUGGAAGAGACCAAAGGAAUUAUGCAAUCGUCCAAUAUUCGUCAGCGAUACACCAGCCCAAUUCGAUGUAAUUCCUGGAAAAAUGGGUGACAAAUGGCUGGUCUCCUGUCUGGGAGUUCUUCACCUGAGCAAAGGACUGUUCUACAGGGUGGUGCCAGCUGACCAAGGAUUUGGGAACAGCGGAGAACCGCCUGGAUCACCGACGGCCGAGUACGCCGGGGUAUUCAGGUUCCGUUUAUGGUGGUGCGGCGCAUGGGUCGAAGUUCUCGUCGACGACAGGCUACCGGCGAUUCACGGACGGCUAGCUUUCGUGCAAAGUCGUCACAGUGAUCAAUUCUGGCCGGCUCUUCUGGAGAAAGCGUACGCCAAAUUGCACGGAUCUUACGAAGCCCUCAAAUAUGGAACUUUGUUAGAUGGUUUAUCUGAUCUUACUGGAGGAAUCACAGAGAGUAUCGCAAUACGUCAAGAUCCUACUGCGUGCGGACGUGUCCUUGCGAAGCUUCUUGACAUGACAUCUCUUAUCACGUGUACAGUAAAUAAUAAUCAGCAACAAAUUCGUACUAGUACAGAGAAACUUGCAAAUGGUAUUCAAAUGGGGAUCAAUUAUCGAUUAUAUGCUAUUGAAAGGGUGGAAACAUUCAAUGGCGAAGCAGUUCAAUUAGUAAAAUUAAGAAAUCCUCUUGGACCUGGUAGAGAAUAUGUUGGCGCUUGGGCGAGAGGUGGCCUCGAAUGGGAUGAAAUACCACCAAUGGAAAGAGAUCGUUUAGCAGUCAGGAACAUGGCCGAGGGGGAAUUCUGGAUAUCAUAUUCAGAUUUUGUGAAGACAUUCACUCAUUUAGAAGUCGUACAUCUUGAUGCUGAAACGUCGAGGGAUGAACCAUCAUUGCAUAGCAAACAUACUUGGCAAAUGAAACUCUAUCAAGGUAGCUGGAGGAGAGGUGUAACUGCGGGAGGAUGUAGAAACAAUGAAGAAACUUUUCAUAUUAAUCCACAAUUACAUCUAAUUCUAAGCGAAAUGGAAGAAGUAAUUGUUUCUUUAUAUCAACACUCUAUUAUGGAGAUAAAAGUAAUAGGAUUCACGGCGUAUACUUUACCGAAAAAUAGCACAGAAUCAAUAAAUAAACAGUUCUUUAAAAAAAAUAAAUCUUUAGUAAAUUCACAAUAUACGAAUAGCCGUCAAGUCAGCCAUAGAUGCCAAUUAGAUCAAGGUGGAUAUUUAUUAGUUCCCACUACUUUUGAACCUACACAAGAAACAAGUUUUACAUUGCGAGUUUAUAGUAGUAAACCCUUAAAACUUAAACUUCUUGAUACUCCGCCAUCUUUGGUAAAAUCGGCUAUUAUUAAAGCACCACCUCUUGAAGGCAAAGGUUUUUCACAAUAUGAAGCCGUUUUUUUGCAACUUGCUGAUGAGCAUAGAACAGUAAACGCUUUUGAAUUACAAGAACUUCUCGAAGCUUGUUUACCAAAUGACUACAUAAAGAGCUGUGCUUGUAUGGAAGUAUGUCGACAAGUAGUUCUUACAAUGGAUAGUUCCGGAAGUGGUCGAUUGAAAUUUAAUGAUUUCAAAGAUCUUAUGUGUAGUUUAAAAUAUUGGCAAGCUGCUUUUAAAAACCAUACGAAGGAAAAGACUGGUAUACUUAAAGCGGAACGAUUACGAGAUGCAUUAUUAGAAGUGGGAUUCCAAUUAAAUACAGAUGUUCUUUCAAUUUUAAUUCUUCGAUAUAUGAGAAAAGAUGGAACACUUAGAUUUGGUGACUUUGUUUCAGCAAUUUUACAUUUGAGUGAUGCAUUCGGAAUAUUUGAAAGUAAAGAUCCUUUGCAAAAUGGAACUAUAAAAUUAAGUUUAACUGAGUGGCUCAGAUCAUCUCUGAUGUGCUGAAUUUACUACUCAACAUAAUGUGUGUACCUUGAAAUAUUUGUAAAUAAUGUUUUCUACAUCGUAUAUAGAUAUAAGUUUUAGCCAUAUUAACAAUAACGAUAAAAUCCAUUUUUUGUUUUGUUUGUAAAAUAUCAUUUUUCGCCAUUAGCAAUCAUCAUUCCUUCAUUUGAUUAAACAUUAUAAGUGACUAUGUAUUAUAUGUUAUUUGUAUAAGAAAUUCAUA